CAGCUAGAGCCCGCGGGAGCCACUCGCUCGCGGGCCUCAGGAAUCCUUGCUCAUCCUCGCAGCCGCCCCUCGAGGCCUCGCCACGGCGCCGCCGGCAAUGCCUGGAGCCGUCGCGCCCACACUCGCGGCGGCGGCGGCGAGCAGCUCCACCACCUCCGCCGCUGCGGCCUCCUCAGUGGCUCCGAACCCGACAACGCGAGGAGACCCGUUAAGCAGCAGGUGUUGCCGCAUUGCUGCUCCCUCUCCACUUGUCCCACCACUUGCAGCCACCCGUCGUCUUCUCGGCCACGGCUGCCGCGCCGCACCGCUAGUCGCCAGUCCCCACCAGGCGCGAAAUCCUCGCCUCCGAUUCGCAGCGGCGGCGACGGCGGCGGAGGGGAUGGCUGCGGAGGCGAGCACGGCGGACGCGGCGUCGGCGGCUGAGGCGAAGCCCUUCGCCGUCCUUUUCGUGUGCCUCGGGAACAUUUGCCGGAGUCCUGCAGCUGAGGCUGUGUUCCGGAACCUCGUAAGCAAGCGUGGGCUUGACUCCAAGUUUCACAUAGACUCUGCUGGUACCAUUGGAUAUCAUGAGGGUAACAAGGCAGACUCGAGGAUGAGAUCUGCUUCAAAGAAGCGGGGGAUUGAGGUGACCUCAAUAUCCAGACCUAUCAAACCCUCAGAUUUCCGUGACUUCGAUCUUAUCCUUGCAAUGGACAGGCAGAACUAUGAAGAUAUAUUGAACUCAUUUGAGAGAUGGAGACACAAGGAGCCCCUCCCUGACAGUGCACCCAACAAGGUUAAGCUGAUGUGCUCCUAUUGCAAACGACAUACUGAGUCUGAAGUCCCAGAUCCUUAUUAUGGAGGCCCUCAGGGAUUUGAAAAGGUCUUGGAUUUAUUGGAAGAUGCAUGCGAGUCGCUGCUUGAUAGCAUCGUGGCAGACAAUGCCAACAUUUCUGGAUGACCUUGGAUGUUCACAAUGUGCUGCUGGACUGCUGGAGUAAUAUGGAACAUUGAUCAUGGACCCAGGUCUUUGGAUGGGACUUGGAUCUGUUAGCAUUGUGAUGAUCAUAAUCCUGUAUAUGACUUGUGAUAUACAAAAACGUACUCAUCAUGACUCGUUUUUCCACCCAGAUAAUCAGAAACAAUCUGAAGAGCCAACAUUCUUAUGCCCAUUUGAAACA